AUGGAGCAGGGAAGCUGCUGUGCGGAGGACCCCAGGCCUGGGCCUGUCAGGGUGAAGACCAGGCCCUGCCAUGGGGGCUGGAGAGCCCGGGGCCUGCUGCUGCUGCUGCUGCUGGCAUUAGCAACUGCUGGGGCUGUGGCUGGAGGGCUUCUUGGCUUUGCUCACAGCCCUCCCAAGCCACUGCUGCAGAUGUUCCAUCUGACCCACCCGAGCUCCAGGGUGUACCGGUCCAACCAAACUGUGCAGGUGGACGUGGCCCAGAAUGUGGCGACCAUCAGGGUAACCCCGGCUCAGAGCAACGGCAGCUGGGCAGUGCUGUUCGAUGGGCAGAGUGGCUGUGUCUGUUACCGCCCUGCAGAGCACCGGGCCUGCUUCCUCCACCUGAUGGAAGCCAGAGAUCGCAAGACCCUGCAGCUUCUGGUGAACACCUCAAGGGCCCAGGGGUCUCACAGCCCAAGCCAGGACACCCACUACGCCCAGGAGCUGCUGGCAGUUCUUGGGAGCCAUGAAGUGGACCCUGCCCAGGUGGGGGCUUCAGUGCGGCACUUCUGUGCAAAGACGCCCAUUUAUUGGGCCCAUCGAGCAGAAGGGCCCCAGAGGCAGCGGCUGAUCUACCUAUGCAUCGACAUCUGCUUCCCAAGCAACAUCUGCGUGUCAGUCUGCUUUUAUUACCUCCCAGACUGA